AUGGCGCUUGUCCCCCCACCGGCGGCUGAGUUAACGAUCCCCCCUACAGACCCGCAAGUUGUUUCGACAUGCUCGUCGCCGAGACCUCGAUACGACGAGGCUGCGGUGCCUGAGAAGUCUGCCAGUGAUGUAGACGAGCGUCUAGAUGCGCCGGCUGGGGUACGGGACGGGCCAUACAACGGUGGCGCGGAGGGUCAAUACUCGAGACGCCCCAAUGACGACGGCAUCUACUAUCCUGAAGGCGGCUUCAAGGCAUGGAUGGUCGUUGUCGGGUCUUGCUUUGGCACUGCCGUCACUCUGGGGAUGAUGAACACAGUCGGUACCAUCCAGGCAUAUGUCCGUGAACACCAGCUCAGGAGUGCCAGCAUGCUGCUGCUCGGACUGUCCACUGGUUCAAUGAGAAGAGAGCUACGGCAACUGGCAUCGCCGCAGCAGGAGGUUCCGUCGGUGGAAUCGUCUUCCCCACUCGCGCUGCAGAAACUGUACACCGUGGUCUCGUUUGCAUGGGCUACGAGAAUCGUCGGGCUCGUCGUCAUCUUUUGCUGCGCCGUCGCAGUCAUCCUGGUCCGCUCACGUCUGCCUCCAAAGCCGGGCCAGACGGUUAUACCCAGUCUACAUAUCCUACGGGACCCGGCAUAUCUGCUCGUCACCUUGGGAACCUAUUUCAUGGAGUGGGCCCUUUUCGUUCCAAUCGCCUACAUCACCGCUUUUGCACUGUCGACAGGAGCCAUGUCAACCGCAUUCUCGUACCAGCUUAUCGCGAUAAUGAACGCGGGAUCCAGCAUUGGUCGAGCGUUACCCGGAUACGUUGCUGACAAACUAGGCCGUUUCAACAGUAUGAUUGCUGCUCUUGUCGUCUGCACAGCCAUGACAAUAACCCUUUGGCUUCCUGCCUCAAUUCUCACCACAACCCCUUCAUCCGCUCCAACCAUCAAGGCACUUUCCAUCGUGUUCGCCCUCGUGUUUGGCUUUGCCUCUGGAUCCAAUGUCUCACUGGCUCCCGUAUGUGUGGGCCAACUGUGUGAUACAAAUGAGUACGGGAGGUACUAUGCGACUUGCUAUACCAUCGUCUCAUUUGGUACUCUAACGGGCAUCCCAAUCGCGGGAAGCCUCCUUCAGCAUACCGGUGGGCGCUACUGGGGAGUUGUCUUGUGGACUACCCUCUGCUACGUUAUUUCCUUAGGCUGCUUUAUCUGGAGCCGAUCAUUCUGUGUCGGAUGGAAGUUAGGCGUCAAGUUUUAG